AUGUAUAAACGGUCUACCGUGUCGAUCACGGCGCUUUUGUUAUACGCCGUGUUAUUGGUGAUAAUUCCGUUUGCUGCCAAGGGUUCUACCUUGGUCAAUGCAGACAAGGAUGCCGAAGAUUAUGGUACUGUCAUCGGUAUAGAUUUGGGUACUACUUACUCGUGCGUGGGUGUUAUGAAGGCGGGAAGAGUUGAGAUCUUGGCCAAUGAUCAAGGUAAUAGAAUCACACCUUCUUACGUGGCGUUUACGGAGGAGGAGAGAUUGGUUGGUGAUGCUGCUAAGAAUCAGGCUUCUUCUAACACCAACAAUACUGUCUACGAUAUCAAGCGUUUGAUGGGACGUCGUUUUGAUGAGAAAGUCACUCAAAAGGAGAUAAGACACAUGCCCUAUAAGGUGAUAAACCAGAAGGGUAGACCUGUCGUCGAAGUGACAGUCUCUAAUGAGACCAAACAGUAUACUCCUGAACAGAUUUCCGCCUUGAUCUUGGGUAAGAUGAAGCGGAUUUCUGAAGAUUAUCUUGGCAAAAAGGUCACUCAUGCUGUUGUUACUGUUCCUGCUUACUUCAAUGAUGCUCAGAGACAGGCCACUAAAGAUGCCGGUAUUAUUGCAGGUCUCAAUGUUCUCAGAAUUGUGAAUGAACCUACUGCGGCUGCCAUUGCCUACGGAUUGGAUAAGGGUGAUGAAGAGAAACAAAUUAUUGUGUACGAUCUUGGUGGAGGAACUUUUGAUGUUUCUUUGAUGUCUAUUGCAGGAGGUGCUUUUGAAGUCUUGGCUACUGCUGGUGAUACCCAUUUGGGAGGUGAAGACUUUGAUUACAGAGUUACAAGACAUUUCGUUAAAUUGUUCAAGAAGAAACAUCAAAUCGAUAUCACUAAGAAUGCUCGUGCUAUGUCCCGGUUAAAGAGAGAAAUUGAGAAGGCCAAGAGAACUUUGUCUUCCCAGAUGUCCACGAGAAUCGAAAUCGACUCUUUCGCUGACGGUAUUGAUUUUUCUGAGACUUUAACCAGAGCUAAGUUUGAGGAGUUGAACAUGGAUUUGUUUAAAAAGACUUUGAAACCAGUUCAACAAGUUUUGAAAGACGCAAAAGUCGAAGAAUCUGAAAUUGAUGACGUUGUUUUGGUCGGUGGUUCCACUAGAAUUCCUAAGGUUCAAGAGUUGCUCGAAACAUUCUUCAAGGGUAAGAAGGUUUCUAAGAGUAUUAAUCCCGACGAAGCUGUUGCGUACGGUGCUGCUGUUCAGGCCGGUGUCUUGUCAGGUGAGGAAGGUGUUGAAGACAUUGUCUUGAUAGAUGUUAAUCCAUUGACCUUGGGUAUUGAGACUUCCGGUGGUGUCAUGACCACUUUAAUCAAGAGAAAUACUCCAAUUCCAACUAAAAAAUCACAGAUCUUCUCUACUGCUGUCGAUAACCAACAGACGGUGCUAAUACAGGUGUUCGAGGGUGAGAGGGCCAUGGCUAAGAAUAAUAACAUCUUAGGUAAGUUUGAGUUGACUGGUAUUCCACCUGCACCAAGAGGUGUUCCACAAAUUGAGGUUACAUUCACACUUGAUUCCAAUGGAAUAUUGAAGGUUUCUGCUAUUGAUAAAGGUACUGGUAAGUCCAAUUCGAUCACUAUCACCAACGACAAGAAUAGAUUGUCUAAGGAAGAGAUCGAUAAGAUGGUGGAGGAAGGUGAGCAAUUUGCCCAGGAGGACAAGGGACUUAGAGAAAAAAUCGAGAGCAGGAAUGCCUUUGAGAAUUAUGCUCACUCUUUGAAAAACCAAAUCAGUGAUACCAACGGACUUGGCGCUAAAUUGGAAGAAGAGGAUAAGGAAACUUUGGAAGAUGCCGUUAACGAGGCCUUAGAAUGGCUCGACGAGAGCGGAGAGGAUGCUUCUAAAGAAGACUUUGAAGAGCAGAAGGAGAAGUUGAGUAAGGUUGCCUAUCCGAUCACCUCGAAACUUUAUGGUGGGGCUGCUGGAGACGAUGGCGAAGCAUACGAAGCAGACGAAGAUGAGGAAGAUGACGAAGAUGAUGAUGAUUGGGAUCACGACGAGUUGUAA